UACACAUCUGAUACCAUGGAGCAAAUUCGCGCAGUCCUCGCAUCCGACGAGAUCAUCGAACCAUCAUCACCAUCAUAUAGGCAAGAGACCCAAGUCUGGUCCGCCCAAAAGGACUUACACCCAAAGCUUGUCGCGCAGCCCAAGGAUACCAAUUCUCUUUCACGCCUUUUGAAAGUUCUCAAUGAAACAGAUGUCGAAUUCAACAUUCGAAGCGGAGGGUGCGGAUCCGCUUCUUCGCGGGGCGUUUUGAUCAGCAUGUCUGCCUUUGAUUCUUUCUCAUUUGACGAUAAGGAAGAGACGGUAACUAUUGGCGCCGGCCAGCUCUGGCGACACGUAGACGCAAAGGUUGAGGAAUUUGCACCCGGGUACGCCGUUCCUGGGGCGAGAUGUACGUAUGUAGGUGUCGGCGGCGGCACACUGCAGGGCGGAUUAUCGUGGAUGUCAUCGGAGUACGGUCUUACUUCCGAUCCUCAGAAUAUGCUCGACGCGGAAAUCGUACUUAUGGAUGGGUCCGUUCUCUGGGCCUCGAGCGAUCCGGAGCUGCUCUGGGCUCUUCGGGGUGGAGGCGGUGUAUUCGGUGCAGUGACUGCACUGAAAAUUAAAGCGUAUAGAUAUCCCAAAGACAUCUACAGUGGCAUGAUCACUUUCGGACGGGAAGCAUUGCCGGAGCUGGCGUGUAGGGUGUCUGAAUUUGAAGCCACAAACACUGAUCCAAAAGUAGCUAUGCAUCUAUAUUGUAUGGAUCUGAUUCAGGGUGCUUUCGUGGGGAAACCCUCAGUCGCAGGCCUCGGUCUGAUGGUAUAUGACGCCCAUGGAGAGGAGCACGGCCGUAAUAUUGCCUUUAAAUGGGCGCUGGAUAUUCCUGGGGCGAACGACAGCACAAAAUCGAUGAACUAUAGAGAAGUGAACCAACUUAACGAUGCUCUCGAAGCCAUCAGGGGGCAAACAAGCCAGAUGAUGACCGCGGUUGCCAUCCCCUCCACUUCCGAGGAACUCAUCAAGCGGACAUGGAAUUGGUUCGAUCAGACUUUGCAAAGAGAGCCUAAGCUGAAUGCUGGCACUUUCGUACUAAUCGAGAUUAUGCAAAAGCCAGCACUGAACACCGUUUCGAAGAAUGAGACGGGUUGGCCACGUCCAGACGCACGGCAUAUCUUGCAAUUAGGUUGUGGAGCACUUGCUAAGGACAAUUCACCAGAUUUACAUCAAAAGGCAGUAAAGUAUCUCGCAGAUGGGGCGAAACAAAUUUGCGACGUCUACUCCGUCAGUGAUUGUCUUCCAAGAGACUUUGAGGAGUUCCAUGAUCCCCUCCAGUUAUUUGGUGCGAAUCUAGGGAAGUUGCAGGCCAUCAAAAGAAGGGUCGAUCCUAACAAUAGAUUGAGGGGAGCGUAUAAUUUAUUGGGAUAGCUGCUAGGUUGGAAUACACGAUAUGGAUACAAUUACUCUGUAGGAUAGAGAGAGGUUUUGCGAAGUAUCUUUGCCGACAUUGUAUUGUUGUUACCCGACGGAUAACUUCGAGAUAUCGCCUAUCAAAAAGACUGAAUUCUCAUUGGUCCGAUAUCGCUCCGCCCAAGACUGAUACGUG